ACAGUAGAGGUAAACCCAAGAGGGCAGGCAGCUCCUGCUGUCAGUGCCACGGCCUCUCGUUUUUCUUGUCCUCGGUGAUGCAGUGGCCCUGCCCUGCCUUCCUUCUUCCGGAUGCCUUGCAUGUUCUUACCACCUCGGGUCUCUUUUCCACCUAACCCUCCAGGUGUCUUGCUUCCAGGUCAGGUGUUUGCAGUAGGAGGGCUUCGAGAUGCUACAGGGAGCCUCUUGGUGCCUGGUGACAGCUUUGUGGAGCCGCUGAGUGGGAAGACAGUCCGGCUCCUGGGAGCUUCUCGACAGGCAGGCCAGACAGCAGCCCAUGCAGGGGGGGCCCAGGCCCUGCUGGAUGCCAAUGUCUUGGUGGCCCAGAGGCAAGUGAUCAGGAUGCUCCAGCAGUGUCGGGAGACUUCAGGAUCCAGGGCACAAGAACCGCUGGAGUCUGCCAUAAAGGGCAUGAGGCAAGCGCUAGCCUUGAGUCUGCACCACAUCCUCCACCAGGCUGGGAGGCUGGAGAGACAGUUGGCGGCAGCGCGUGACAUUGAAGCCAGCGGUGGCCAGAUAGGAAUGAUGUGCUACCCUGGGACAGAGCUCUGGGUCCCAGCUCUGUAUGGAAUGGAGAUCCCAGACCCUGAAGGCUCUGGGCUCAUGGUGCCCAUCCUGGGCAUGCAUCGAGAUGGGGAUUCUGGUGCUACCACACCCCUGGCCGGCACAAUGGAGGAAGCUUCUGGUAAAGGUGAAAGGCAACAUGGAUCCCCUAAAGCUCCAGGGGAUCGGGAAUGUGGCUUAGUCCCUGGUGGAGAGCGCCUUGCAAAGCUCAGGAGAGGUGGCCCUGAUCCACUGACACAAGCCAAGGGAGGGGGCAUUCUGAUGAUUCUGCUAGAACAGACCCAAAGUCUUGUCCCAAUCUCCAUUGGGGCUCAAGCCAUAGAUCCCUUAACUGGGGAGCAUGGCCCUGUCAUCGGCGUUCAAAUGGACCCCUCUGCUAGAGUGGUGGUGCCUGUGGUGCAGGUGCUGGAAGCCUUGCCGCGUGGAGCGGGAGACCCGGAGCUGCAGAACCUCUUGGAGCGGGAGCUGAGGGCCCGUCAGCAAUACUGGCAGCUCCAGGAGCAGGAGGAACAGCGCCUGGCACAACACUUGUGGCACCUGAGCCAGGAGCUCCGCUUCCGCCUAGGCCAUGAAGUCAGGCUGGAGCUGAGGGCUGCUGAGGAGGCUUGUGCGGCCCUAGAGGCCUGCUGCCUGCAGGAGACAGAACGGCGAGCUAGAGUCCUGAGCAUGCUCAGCAGCGCAGAAUGGUGCUUGCUUUCUCAAGGUGAGUAA